AUGAAUAAACAAUUGAGCGAGGUGGAGUCGCUUUGUUUAAGUGGUGUAAAGAAAGAAAAUCCAGAAAUGGUGGAGAUGUACUUUGGGCCCUAUCUUGCCUACAGCCCUGCUACAAAAAACAGCGCUUUUAUAAAGGCAUACAUGCUUCUUUACUACUUCUCGACGGGUUCGAAAAAGAUGUUCUACACCACCAUCGAGACAGUGACGCCCAUGGAGCUUGAAGACCGAGACAUCAGACUGGUCAUGGACGUGGACAUGUGCGUGAACAUUGGGGCAGUCGAACGGCUAAGAAAAUUGGUUGAAAGCAACUCCAGAAAGGAGCUGCAUCGAUUCUUGCAGGUCAUUCUCAAGAACCAGGUGAAGACGAUGGAGCUGUCAGCAAGCCCUAGUGAGUGCAUCCCAGAGAUCCAGAAUCAAGAGGAUAGAAAGAUCAUUGAGAAUGCAAUAUUCAUUGGAAGAAACUCCCCUGGCAACUUCUAG